AUGGAUAAAACAAAGCGAAAAACUUUUAUGUUUAUUCCUUCUGAAUUAACUGAACUCACUCUGCCAAGAAAUCAAAUAUCAAAAUUUUCAAAUACCACCGAUUUUUACUCACUCGGUUAUAAAAUACCUGAAAUAUAUGACAGUCGAUCAAACGACGUUGAAGUUGUACUGAUUUUGGGCUUUUACGAUUCAUUCAGUGAGAAAAAUGAAGUAUGUCCUUAUUGUUGUGUGAAAUUCCAAUCUGAUGAAAAUCUACAUGUUUGUGCUCAAAGUCUUAAAAAGUAUAAAUUUGAUCGUUCAUACAUUAAAACAUAUUAUCCUUUGUUAACUAAUGAAUCAUAUAUAUGGAUUAGUCUUGAUAUGAACAAAUUACCAUCAUUAUUGAAACAUGGUAUACUCAUGAAAUAUUCUAGACGAUUUUCUUCCCAGAAGAACACUUGUUGUUAUGAUAACCAACUAUUUGAUGAUUCAAAUAGUUGGUUAUAUUCAAUGAUGAAAUAUGAAAUUGGUCAAUCAUUAUGUACACUUAUUCUAUGGUCUAAUCAAUUUACACCAGAUUAUACUAUACCUUGUUAUAAUCAAUGUAAUUAUGAAAAGAAAUCUGCCCGACAACAUUCCCAUUUCAUUGAGAUUAUAAAACAGAUUUUCACCAAGUUGUUUCACAAAACAAUUGAAAUGAGUUAUACACUUUUACUCAUUAAAUACCAAUUUGAUACAUCAAAGAAAUCAUCUAUAUUCUGUACAAAUUGUCUAAAUAAGUUGUCCAGUACUACUACUACUACUAACACUACUACUACUACUGAUAAUAGUAGUAACAUCAUUACCACCGAUCAUUCUUCUAUGCUACAUAUUCACCAUUCGAAUAUGUUAUCAUUGUCAACUUUUAUACCAGAUCCUAGUUUAAUUCUAUUUUGUGCUGUACAAUUAUUAAUUUUAAUGUUAUGUUUCAUGACAGUACCACAUCGUCAUCAACAUCAUCAUCAUCAUAUGGUUAAUCAUUAUAAUUCUGAUUGCUGUACACCUAAUACGAAUAAACUAUCUCAUUUGUUUUCAUGUAGUCCUAUUCAAUCAAAUUAUAAUACUGUUACUACUACUACUACUAAUAUGGUUAUUAGUAGUUGGUUACCAAAUGACUUAAAUUGUAAAAUUAUUCCUACAUUAGGCUUAUUUUAUUUAGAUAAAAAUGAAGAAAAUUAUACAUUGACAUUAUCGUUCAAAAAUUUAACAUCAUCAUCACCUUGGAUACUGUAUAAUUCUACAAAAGAGCUAGUAAAUUAUCUGUCACCAUCAACUAACUACUGUCAAAUGAAUAUACUGUAUCGUUAUAUUGAAUAUUUCACUUGUGAAUUAACCCGUUUAUUGCUAUGGCUUGAACAAGGUAAACCAGCUGGUUUAAAAAUCAAUAUACAUUUAUCAUAUUUAAUGGGACAAUUUUUUUUAUAUCAUUUAUUAGCAUGGCGUUCAUAUGUAACAUUUAUUAUACAAUUAUUAAUAUAUUUAAUAAAUCAAUUAAACCCCAUAGCAACUAUUCAUUCAAUCAAUAAUCAUAAUCAUAAUAAUUAUUAUAUAAUCAAUAUGAUAACAAUUAUAUGUUUAUUAAUGAGUACUAUUUAUAUCAUGUCAACAAUAUCCAUAUAUCAAUAUAAACAGUAUUACCCUUAUUACUAUCAUUACCAUUACCAUUACUAUUACUAUUAUAUUAUAUCUAUAUUCAAGUUGUUUCUAAUGUAUUUUUCAUUAAUCAUACGUUUAAUGUUUAGCUUAUUAUUAUGUUUACUAUUGGAUACUAUUGAAUUGAUUACAUUACAUUUAACCAGUUUUUAUAUCUAUGCUACACAUUUACUUCGUUUACAAUUAAAAACAAUUGCUGCUUCAUGGCGUCUAUGUCGUAAUAGUUCUAAAUGGAAUCCAUUACGUAAUCGUGUUGAUAAAAUACCAGAUAUGUAUGUUGAUUCUAAUGAAUUUUUCUUAUCAGUUAAUUCAUUACAAAAGAAAAUUUCAUUAUCCUCCUCCUCAUCAUCAUCAUCACCGACAUUGUUAUCAACAUCUACUACACCGGAAUUCGUCAGUGAUACAAAUCAUUAUCAAAGACACCAAUCGGAAAGAUCAAUUAUGGGACAAAAAAAUAUACUAUACAAGUUUAUCUCCCAUAAAAAAGAUUCUGAUAUUAUUCUAUGUGAUCAAUUGAGUAAACAAACAUGUGGAUUAUAUUUGGAUCGUUUAUUAGUUUCUACAUUAUUGGGUCUUGCUAUUGGAUUAUGCUUGUUUACUACAACGAUUGCAUUUUAUAUUACAUUUACAUCUGUUCAAUUAAUUUUACUACUGAUUAAAAAUAUUUUAAAAAGUUUAAUUUGGUUUAUUAUGGAUUUUCCAUUUGGAUCUUUAGUAGGCUGGUUAUUGAAUAGUUCAAAUUAUCAAACUAAACUAAUUUUGGAAGCACCAAGAAUGGAUUCAAAACAUUUUCCAUUCCUACAAUUAAAAGUAACUAGAAUAGAUUUCAAUGAAAUGUAUCAACAAAAUCAUUUAUUACAUAAACCGAUAUUUCCAUCCAAAUCUUUAUCCUUUAUGAAUAUAUUCUAUUGUUUAUUAUCUGCUCAAGAUAUUCUAUAA